AUGUCUGUUGUUAAUAUAUUAUCUAUUGAUAUUUUAAAUAAUCCGGCUCCUUUUUUAUCGCCUUAUGAGUUUGAAAUUACCUUUGAAUGCUUAGAAUCUUUAAAAAAUGAUCUAGAAUGGAAAUUGACUUAUGUUGGUUCUGCAACAUCAACAUUGCAUGAUCAAGAACUUGAUAGUCUUUUAGUUGGUCCUAUACCUAUUGGAAUCAAUAAAUUUUUGUUUCAAGCAGAUCCACCAACUGCAGAGCUUAUUCCUAAGAAAGAUAUUCUUGGUGUCACCGUUAUAUUGCUUACUUGUGCUUAUGAUGACAGAGAAUUUGUAAGAGUAGGUUAUUAUGUUAAUAAUGAACUUCCAGGAGUAUUAUUAAAGGAGGAUGGGACUCCAGAUGUUGAAAAAUGGUCAGUAGAGGAUGUUCAGCGUAAUAUUCUUGCAGAAAAACCUCGUGUAACUAGGUUCAAUAUUCGGUGGGAUGGUGAAGAAGGCGAAGAAAUGCCUCCAGUACAAGAUGAAUUAGAGGAGGAGGAUGAAACAUAUGAUGCAGAAGAACGUCUUACGGAUUCUUUUGAAGAAAGUGAGGACGAGGCAGAGGCUUUUGAAAUUAAUAUAGAUGAUCCAGAAGAAACCAAUUCAUGUAAACAUGAUUUUUUAUAUAUUGAUAAAGCAGAAAACUAA